AUGGACCAAAAUGACUUUCGGCAAAUGCUAGCAAGUCGUAAUAAGCCACAUAGCAACAAGCACAGAUACGGAGGCAAGCGGAAUUUAACAGAUACAGACCUUGAAGAUAUCAAAAAGCUAUCGGCAAAAAAAGCGAAGAAAAAGGGCAAGAAACCAAAGAAUGCAGAGCUUUUCAAUGAAGCUGAGAUGGGGCAUCAUCUGCCUAAGAAUUUGUAUCGAGAUCGAGCAGCCGAGCAACGCAUAGGAGAUACGGGCGAUAUGAUUGAUGCAAAAGAGUACAAGCAUUUAGAUACAGAGCAGAGCAAGUUCUUAGGUGGAGAUAUGGAACAUACGCACUUGGUUAAGGGAUUGGACUAUGCUCUUUUGGCUCAAUUGAAGCGAGAGAAGCAAAAGUUGAUGAAGGAGAAGCCAAAAAAGGUAGAGAAUAAAGAUGUUGGAGCGCGAAAAGUGGAGACAAUGAAGCCACGGGAUGGCAGACUUACGUUCAAGUCACGGAUGGGGAGACUGGUGUAUUUCCACGCGUGUCAGAGCACGCGGGAGACGAUCAAAUCGGUCAAGUCAGAGCUCUUUCUACCUGGUAGGAUGUACUACACAUUCAACUUGUCGACGACGGAGAUGGAGAGUGUUCCUGUGAGUGUACAGAGGAGUAAAGAGGAUUUCUUGGAACCAGAUGAUGUGGUUAGUGGAAUCGUUGACGUGUCGCUGAUUGAGCGAGUGCAGGAGCUGAUGAUCAAUAAGAAGAAGAGCAAAAAGGUGCGGAAGAAGGAGGCUAUGUGUCAUCUUAAUAAUGGUAGAGAGAAGACGAGUGGCUACAUCGGUGAAGAGCAGGAUGUUAGAGAUGAACCUAUGGUUCAAGUCGACAUUGGAGCUGCUGCUGUUGACGACGACGAUGAUAUUUUUCCUGAUGUGGGCGAGUACCUUCCGAUGGAUCAGCGUUUAGAUGAUAAACCACCUAUAAUACCGAAAAAGGAGAUUGUCAAGCAGACAGGAUACUUUUCAAACCUGAGCGCCUCCAUUACUGAAAAGGAGGAAGCAGUUCGGAAGAAAGAGGAAGACGCAGAGCGUGCUUGGAAGAAAAGAUUGGAGAAGGCGAUGAAAAAGCAGAAAGAGAUUGAUCUAGAAAAGAAACGUAAAGCAAAGGAGGUCAAGAUGACUGGUGAAGCGGACGACUACGCAGAGUACCAGGGCAUUAGUGCGCUGGUAGACAGCGACGACGAGGACGACGAAGAAACGGCAAGACGUCGCAAGGCAGCAGGACUUACUGACCGUAAAAAAUCCGAUUAUGGUUCCGAAGAAAAAGCCCGUCGUAAACAGCAGAAGCUGAGCAGUAAGCUUGCGAAUGACCUCGAGAAGAUCAACAAGAUCAUGGACGACAAAAUGAAAUCUUAA